CCACAGCCGCUGGGGCGCUCAGCGAGCCCUCCGAGCCUCGCCGGCCCCAGCCCGCCCGCGCACCUCUCGCUCCCGGCCGCCUGCGGGCCCGACUCCUGGCAGACGGCCUAGUCUGCAACACCGCCGGGCUCCUGGGGCCGCCGCCCCGCGCGGUCCUUCGGCGUCCCCGGCCGCGCCCCCGACCCGCUCGCCCGCCGGCACCAUGAUGGAGGAGAUCGACCGGUUCCAGGUGCCCACCGCGCACUCGGAGAUGCAGCCGCUGGACCCAGCCGCCGCCUCCAUCUCAGACGGAGACUGUGACGCCCGGGAGGGUGAGUCAGUAGCCACGAAUUACAAACCAUCCCCACUCCAAGUGAAGCUGGAGAAGCAGCGGGAGCUGGCUCGGAAGGGCUCCUUGAAGAACAGCAACAUGGGUAGCCCCAUCAACCAGCAACCGAAGAAGAACAAUGUCAUGGCCCGGACCAGGCUGGUCGUCCCCAAUAAAGGCUACUCCUCGCUUGACCAGAGCCCAGAUGAAAAGCCACUGGUGGCCCUGGACACGGACAGCGAUGACGACUUUGACAUGUCCAGAUACUCUUCCUCCGGCUACUCAUCUGCUGAGCAGAUCAACCAGGAUUUGAACAUCCAGCUGCUAAAGGAUGGCUACCGAUUAGAUGAGAUCCCGGACGACGAGGACCUGGACCUCAUACCCCCCAAGUCUGUGAACCCCACCUGCAUGUGCUGCCAGGCCACGUCCUCCACCGCCUGCCACAUUCAGUAGCGGGUGGCCGCGGCGGCCACGGGGCCAGGGCAGAAAGGCCAGGCCGGGGCGGGCAGGGGCCGACCCCUCCCCAGCUCGCCGCCUGCCCCAGCCCAGCGCCCCCGCCAGCCGCAACCUCGUAACAGUCAUUGCUUCCUCCUAUGGUAGGACGUGUACCUCUGUGUGUUCAUGGAGCAGGAGAAACCAAAACCUGGUCCCUCUCCACCCGGGGCCCAGGAGAGCUGGGGGGCCCUGCCCGGCACCCAGCCCCGCAAGGCCACAGUAUGGAGGAGUGGACGGCAAGGAGGCCAACAGCAAACAGUGGGGGAGGAGGAGUCACAAAGCCAGGGGCGUGGCCCCCACCC